GUUUCACAAAAGGUGAUCAUGAUGUGCGAUGCCAGUGAAAUGUUGGCAGCUGCUUUGGAGCAGAUGGAUGGCAUCAUUGCAGGUUCUAAGGCUAUGAACUAUACCAACGGCCUGUUUGAUUGUCAGUCACCAACGUCGCCAUUCCUAGGCAGCCUUCGGGUGCUGCAUCUCUUGGAGGACCUGAGGGCUGCGUUGGACCUGAUGGAUCCUGGGGAAAAGGAAAGUCUACGCAGUCAGGUGUCCGAAACCACAGCUGAGGGUCUGAUUGAGUGGCUACAAGGCCAACUGACCAAUGGCCAUGGAUCUGCAGCAGGGGAUUUGGUCUACCAGGAGCGACUCUCUCGUGUGGAAAGUGACAAAGAAUGUCUAGUGCUCCAGGUAAGUGUUCUGACAGACCAGGUGAAAGUUCAAGGAGAAAAAAUAAGGGACCUAGACUCGAGCCUUGAGGAACACCGCAUGAAACUGAAUGCUACAGAAGAGUUACUACAACAGGAGCUGCUUAGCAGGAGUGUUUUAGAGACGGAGAAACUGGAACUGCUGACCGAAGUAUCAAGUCUGAAAUUAAAGCUAGCUGCUGCAGAAGGGGAUUGCAGAGAAAGUGAGGGUCUUUAUCAGGAUGUGAAAGAAAUGCGCCUUCAGUUGACUUCUAUGGAGGACGAGAGACAAGAGUAUGAUAGAAGUCUUAACUCUACCAAAGUACGAGUGCCUCAUGGUCAGGAGGAGCGGAUAUCACUACAAAAGCAGUUGGAGGAGAGAGAACAGGCACUUAGGAGCCUUCAGGACCAGGCCAUGCCAGAAGCCCCAAAAACAGAACAGUCACAAAGCAGAGAGAAAGAUUUGGAGGUGCAGAGAAUGAGAAGAGCUGCUGAGUCUUUGAAGGCAGCUAAUGAAGAGAAGGAUUUGAAGAUAAAAGAGCUGCAGCAGUCUCUGAUCCGUUACAAGCAAGUUCAAGAUAUGGUGAUAUCUGUGCAGGCAUCAAAAGCUUCUGAGAUGAAGUAUGCAUAUUUCUUGGCAAUUUGCUGGAAGAUUCACCCUAAGGAUGACCUGUUGGGACUGAAAGUGGGCAGUGUGCUUCACCAUCUCAGUAUUAAGAGGGCAAUUCAGGUGCUACGUAUCAACCGCUAUGACCCCAACUGCCUCCGCCGCCGACCGAUUGAGAACAAUCCCACGCCAGCAGAAAUCUGCCAAUGGACCAAUCACAGGGUGAUGGAGUGGCUUCGUUCAGUGGAUCUAGCAGAGUACGCACCCAACCUGAGAGGAAGUGGAGUCCACGGAGGCCUAAUGAUUUUAGAGCCUCGCUUCAAUGUUGAGACAAUGGCUCUGCUUCUUAACAUCCCACCGAAUAAAACUCUGUUGAGACGUCACCUUGCAAACAACUUCCAUCUCCUGAUUGGCUCAGAGGCACAAAGGCUGAAGCAGGAGUAUCUCGAAAACCCAGAGUACACUGUCCUGACAGCCACAGCCAAAGUUAAGCCAAGACGUCUGUCGUUUGGAAGUUUUGGGACACUGAGGCGGAAGCGACAGGAGGAGAUGGAAGAGUAUGUUUGCCCCAUGGAUGUGCAGAUGCCUCAGAGCAGCAGUUUCCACGAAGCCCUUUGCAUAUAUGAGGACAGCUUGGAUCAGCUGGAGCAGAUGGGGGACUCCGAGGGCACAGUGCGACAGAUCGGCGCAUUCUCGGAAGGAAUCAACAACCUGACUAGCAUGCUAAAAGAGGAUGAGUUCUUCAGGGAAGCAUCCUCGCGUUCACCUGAAACCAGUGCCACAGAUGACGACUAAGACUGUUUAAACAUGACAAUCAUCACUUAAGUCUUUAACUGUGAAAUUUGAAAAACUGAAAGUCACUGUGAUUUUACAAUGAAAGCAAGAAGCUCCACUCACAGUGAAACUCAAAAGAAUCACACCGUAAAUGCCAUAACAUAUUAAUUCAAUGAAAUGUUACUUAUUCAUUUAGGAUUUGCAGUAUAUACAGUAACUGAAACGGUAUUUAUAAGUGUUUGCUCCAAGUUAAAACCAAAGAUGACAAAUCAAAAUAGCAGUUCUUUAAUGUUUUUCUUUUAUAUUCUAGGCUAUUCUUAUGUGACCAUUUACUGCAUGUUCUCAUCAUCUUUUUUUAUAGUUGGAUGUUUACGUAAUUUUAUUGGGAGGGAAAAUUGUUCAUUUUGCCUGUGAACUUGAUAUUGUUAUACUAUAACCAUAUCAGUGAAUACCAUGUACUAUGUACUGUUUUAUGCAUGCGUAAGUCAAAGAAAUUCAAAUAAAACUUUUUUUUUUUUUUCCCAAAUCCAGUCUGUUUUUAGACAAUGCGUAUUAGUUUGUCUUGGGUUUAUUCAAAUGGAAGAUUAUCAUCUAUGAAUCUAGAAAAAAAAUGGCUAAUGCAGCUGCUCGCCAUCCUGCAAAGUGAUUCAUGUUUAUGAAAAUGACAACACUAAAAAAAAA